UGCAGAAUUGGUAAAUAACAAACGUCAAAAUACGGCAUUUUCGAGAGGUUAUAUCCAAUAACAAUAAACAAUUAUAAACACACCAAAUAAUUGUUUAUCCAAAAUAUCACUUUAUAUAAAUCACUUCUAAUCAUGGCUCGAAAUGCUGAAAAGGCUAUGACAACGCUGGCUCGUUGGAGAGCAGCUCAGAGUAAUGAUGGAUUUAAAAAAGAAUUGGAACGACGGCCUUAUCUUGCAUCAGAAUGUAGAGAUUUGAGGAAAGCAGAAAAAUGGAGAUUACAAAUUGUACGAGAAAUAGCGAAAAAAGUCACACAAAUACAAAAUGCGGGUUUAGGAGAGUUUAGAAUACGUGAUCUUAAUGAUGAGAUUAAUAAAUUGUUAAGAGAAAAACGACAUUGGGAAGCACAAAUUAAAGAACUCGGUGGACCAGAUUAUUCUCGAGUUGGACCUCGCAUGUUAGAUCAUGAAGGAAGAGAAGUACCUGGUAAUCGUGGUUACAAAUAUUUUGGAGCAGCAAAAGAAUUACCGGGAGUAAGGGAAUUAUUCGAACAAGAACCACCACCGCCACCAAAGAAAACUCGAGCUGAACUUAUGAAAGAUAUUGAUGCUGAUUAUUAUGGGUACAGAGAUGAUGAUGAUGGAAUUUUAGAACCUUUAGAAUUGAGAGAAGAGAAGAAGAAAAGAGAAGAAACAAUUAGCACGUGGGUCUUUAAGGAAAAUAAUGAACCUGAAAUAGAAAUGGAAAUUGAGAAAACGGCACAGAAGUCAAUACCAACUCAGGAAGAAAUUCAAGCUGUAUUGUUAGCAAGGAAAAAACAAGAAUUAAUGGAAAAAUAUGGACUUUGAUCAGUAUCUUUUUUAUUUUUAGCUUACGUGAUUAAGUAACAACUAUCAUAAAUGUAUUAAUUUUGUAAUAUCGGAAUACAUUUCUUUUUAUAAAACGCGACA